UUUUUUGGUGCAAAUAUCAUCAUCCCCUUUGUUCUCAGAAAACUUAAAAAAAUGCCUCGCAUAGACAGGAUCAGUGCGUUGCAUGACGAUUUGCUGGUGAAUAUAUUGUCUCAAGUCCCGACAAAAGAUGCCGUGACAACCAUGGUUUUGUCCAAAAGAUGGGCUUUGGUCUGGACGAUGGUGCCUAAACUUGAAUACGAGGAUACGAGCAAAGAAGGGGGAAAGAACCUUUGGCGCUUAGUUGACAAGUCUUUGCAACUCCACAAAGCACCUGUACUAGAAAGCAUGCAUAUUCAAGCUGAACGCCAGUUUACGGACGAUGCAGAUGUUGGAAAGUGCGUCUCAUACGCUGUUGACCACAACGUUCGAGAGAUAUCUCUUAUUAUACCAUCCUUUAUUUUACCAUCUCAACCAAAGAUCCUGCUGCUACCAUCGAACUUUUACACCUCCAAAACGCUAGUGAAUCUGACUCUAUCAUGUAGUGCUCUCGUCGUUGAUGUUCCUUCCCUAGCUUGCUUUCCAUUGCUUCAGACGCUGGCCCUUCUCAAUGUUGUGUUUAAUGAUGAAAGCUCUCAUGCUAGGCUUCUAGCGAAUUGCCCUGCGCUCAGUUAUUUGCAUGUGAUCCGAUACUAUAGUGACAAUGUGACAAGGUUCAUUGUGAAAGUUCCUUCUUUAAAGAGUUUUACAUACACGGACAAUCACGAAAGAUAUUCUGCUAUGCCCUUGGUUUUAGAUUCCCCUGGAUUACAACACCUUAGUAUAUUUGAUUAUGGAGACCUUGGCUCGAUCCAGAACAUGCCUCACCUUGAAACGGCUUAUGUUGGUCACUUGGUUCCUCAGCCAAAUGACAAGUUUCUGAGAUCUUUUUCCUCUGUCGGGAGUCUCCAUUUGAGAUUGAUGGACGUUGAAUGUUUUAGCGCCAUUAAUUUCCCUCGGCUCAUGAAGUUUAAACUGCAUCUUUUUAAACCAAGUUUCUCAGAGUUAAGGCCAGGUUACUCAGAGUACUGUUCAUUAGAACCACUUAUGCUUUUCCUACAUAACUCCCCUAUACUAAAAGUUCUUACGAUCAGCUACGGUGUGGGUCUUUACUACGAGGACCUCCCACUUUCGUGGAACCAACAAAGAUCUGUACCGGGAUGCUUGUUGGCCCAUCUCGAAAUCUUUGUGUGGGAUAAGUUUGGGGGAAGAAGAAGACAAGAGAGAGAAUGUGUGGAAUACAUCCUUGCAAACUCAAAGUGUUUAAAGACGGCCACAGUCCUUCCAAGAUGUUCCUACCGUCUCGAGGAGAAAGAGAAGAUGGUGGAGGACAUAAAAUCUUUGUAUAGGGUUUCAACAUCAUCUCAGCUGAUAACCCAUUCGGAUUCUACAAAUCCUGGAAGGGCAACGACUUGAGAAAUAAAAAAUUUCUUCUGUGGACCUUUUGGUAUGAACACUUUGCUGAUGAGAAUAACUUUAAUUCUCUGACAUGCUAAAAUACUAGA